UAGGCCUAAUUUCGUGGAUCUAAAAGUUUUGGUCAUUGUACAACUUUGAAAUGUCCUGGAUCAUAGUUUUGUUAACAUUGUUUGUUAGCAGUCACGCUUUCAAUAAUCAAUCAUAUCAAAACAAUUCAUUAAAUAUUCCUAUUGAUACAAACAAUAAAUCUUUAUUCGAUAAAUGGGACGAUGUAGCUCAUAAUUUUGCGAAGGAAUAUAUCAACUUAAUUAAAUCCGGAAUCGAAUCCGAUGUACUUCAACAGCUUUCACAACAUUUUGAUAACUCCAACUCAAGAAAGAUGUUUACUACCGAAAUUGAGGAGCUUGCUUUAUCCGAUCAGAUCCUUGCCUGUACAUCAUGUAGAGCUGCCACAAAUGUAAUAAUUCGAAUGUUUCGUGAAGAUGGUGAAUUGGCUGCUCUUGACGAUGCUACUUUCAAAAAAACUAUGAUUGACCUAUGUAUUCGCUUUAAGAUUCAAUCGAAUGAAAGUUGUCAAGGAAUCGUCAAUAUUUACUUUCCAACUGCAAAGUUCUUGGUUAAGAACAGCAAAAUUGACUCUCGAUCAUUUUGUGGAACUUUCCUCCAUGCAACUGUCUGUAAAAUCAAAGAUAAAGAUUUCGAUUGGAGUCUUAAAAUUGACUCUAAUGGGCCCAAGAUCGAAGGCCCUAAGAUAAAAAUUCCAUCAAAGGGAAACAAUGACUUGAAAGUCCUUCACAUCACAGAUAUUCACUAUGAUCCACUUUAUGAAGUUGGAGCCCUGGCCGAAUGUGAUGACACUUUGUGUUGUCAACUUCAUAAAAAUAUUUCCGAAAACACUAACAAAGCAGCUGGUUUCUGGGGUGAUUAUCGUAAUUGUGACAUACCUUGGCAUACCAUAGCCGAUUCUUUGAAACAAAUCAAGAAAAACAACGAGAAGAUCGAUUAUAUUUAUCAGACAGGUGAUGUUGUGGACCAUGCAUCGUGGUUAGGAUCACGAGAAAAGAAUACAGAGAGUUUGAAGAAAGUUUAUCAGGAACUUAAGGCAACUUUUGGUGAUAUCCUUCUGUUUCCGACGAUUGGAAAUCAUGACAGUCAUCCAUCUCAUACCUUUGCCCCACCAAAUGUCAUGGGAGAAGAUAUAAGCGUCCAAUGGCUGUACGAUCUUCAUGCAGAUUUAUGGUCCAAUUGGCUUCCUUCAUCGACCCAGGAAACCAUCAAGAAAGGUGGCUAUUACACUGUGAGUCCUCAAAAGGGAUUCCGAAUCAUUGCCCUAAACAACAAUUAUUGUUACACCUUGAAUUUUUGGAUUCUUUACAAUGGUCGAUUCCCCUCCGAACAACUCGAAUGGCUUCACGAUACACUUCUGCAAGCUGAGCAAGAUGGCGAGUAUGUGCAUAUUUUGGCACAUUUGCCAUCUGGAAUCUCAAGUUGUUGGAGUGUUUGGUCACGUGAAUUCACGAGAAUAGUUGAAAGAUUCAGUGAAACGAUAAGUGGGAUUUUCAAUGGGCACUCGCAUUUUGACGAAUUGAGUCUUUACUAUUUGAACAAAACAAUUCCCAGGAAUGUCGCUUGGAAUGGUGGAAGUUUAACAACAUUUGAAUCAAAGAAUCCAAAUUAUAAAAUCUAUCAAGUGGAGCCAGAAUCUUUUCAAGUGGUUGAUCAAGAGACAUGGUUCUUUAAUUUGACGAAGGCAAAUUUAAAACCUGAUGAAAGUCCCAAAUGGGAGCUUGAGUAUAGGAUGACGGAGGCAUUUAAUAUGACAGACAUGAGUCCGGCUUCUUUGGAUGCUCUAUUGACAAAAUUCGCUGAGAAUCCUUCAUUGCUGAGGAAGUAUUGGUGUAUGUUUAUAGUUCAAACUGAUCCUGUUAUUCAAAAAGGAUGCACUUCGGAGUCCCUUAAAAAUUUAAUUUGUCGCCUGGCCAAAUCUGAUAAUACGCAAACGGAAAGAUGUGACUUGCUUAAAUCUAAAUUACAAGAGAAGCUUGAUGUUGAAGAAAUCAAUGGAAUAGAUGGCAGAUGCUUAUGCAUUAGUGAGCAGAAUGGUGCCAAUUUAAUUUUUGCUUUGAAAUUUACAACAAUUAUUUUCUUGUACUUUGGAUUAAAAAUUAUAUUUUAAAUUAGUUUAAGUUUAUAAAAAAUGGUAAA